AUGAAUUCGAUUAAUAUUCUCUUUAUAACCAUCUUAUUAUUUGUUUACUUUAGUGGAGAAUUUGAUGCUCAAAGAGGGAAUGGCGGUGCAGCAAGGGGGCAGACAUACACGUCUUUUGGACACCAUUAUGAUGCUGAUGAAGGUUUUGACAUUGAAGAUGAUAAGUUGACGGAUGACAAUGACCGAGAUUUUUCUAACCUUCACGAUGGUGAAAAAAGUUUUGAUGAUGGAAAAGAUGACGAUAAAGAUGACAAUGACAGUAAAUCUAAUGAUUCAGACGACUCUUUUCAAGGCGGGACAUUUGAUUAUUAUGCUGACAAUGAGUAUGAUUACUAUCAUGGAAAACAUAAUAAUAAUAAUAAUAAUAAUAAUAAUAAUAAAGUACAUUCAGAAAAUAAAAAGGAUAAUACAAAUCCUCAAGAGGGGAAGAAUAAAAAUGAAGCACACGGUAGCGUUAAUGCGCAUCCACAUCAACAAUAUGACUACUAUAAUGACUACGAUAUCUAUGAAGAUUUUCAUGAUAAUCAUAACUAUUACAAACCUUAUGAACCAGAUGGAAGACAUCCUAAUUAUACACAGCCUCAUGAUAAUAACGAAGAGAAACCGCACAAAGAAACAGAAGAGGAUAUUUAUAGAAGGCAUGAGUAUAUUCUAAGAAAUUGGCAUGAUAUACAUUAUGGUGAUGCAUACGGGUAUGCAUCGUAUCAUCCGAGAAAAUAUAAUAAUAAAUAUUAUGAUUACCGUGGACAGGAUGGAAGGUAUUCACCGAACAAUAAACAUGAUAAUGGGCAUUAUCCUCGCAGCAAUGACAAUCACAGAUAGGCUAAUUAAAGA